CAACCAACCUGGUAAAAUAAGCAGGGGUCUAUGUGUUAUUAAGUAACUUUAAACUCAAUUCCAUUAACUUGAGAAGGUCUUUCUGACGAAACAACAAAUCAACAACCUGUUAGCUAACGUGUUGUAUUCGGGUUGUAUUGGCUAACUUCGCGGGUUAGCGAGCACCUACCAGAUUUACUAGGAACUUGAUUUGGUCCGCACUUAACGCAGGAUAAACUUGAGAUGUCAAAAACGCUCUCUUUCCCACAGUCUGAUGGCCCUUGAAAUGAUAUUGUGAAUAGCUGACCAGAAUAAGCACUUAAUUGAAGUAAAAUGAUAAAAGUUGCUCUGCAAAUAUUCGCUUGUGGCGUCCUCGUCGCCAUGGUACAGAGACUACUUCAACUUCCUGUUUUGCCUCUCCUCCUCCUCCUCCCACCCACGCAUACUCACGCGCCUACAUGCCCCGCGUUUCUCUCAGAGGAGACCUGGAGGUGACGCCUACGUACGGGAACGGUGUUCGUUUUAGUUAAGUGAAUAAAGUAUUUAGCCGUUACAUACUUAGUGCAAUUGUGUAUAUGUGAACUUGGAAAGUUGGAAUUCCAUCCAUGGCCAUCGUGCUGCGUCUACAGGGUCUAACCAUUGAGGCUGAACCUGGCGAUAUUCGAGAGUUUUUUCGUGGCUUAUGGAUUCCCCAGGGUGCUAUCCACAUCACAGGAGGGGAGCUGGGAGAGGCCUUUAUCAUAUUUUCUUCAGAGCAAGAUGGCCAACUUGCCAUGAGAAGAUCUGGAAAAGUUCUGAAGGGAUCACAUGUAACAUUGCAUAUCAGCAGCCUAGCAGAAUUGAAGGAAAAAUUGAAGGAAGAAUUGAAGCAAGAUUCUACAAAAGUCAAAGAUUCCACAAAAGUCAAAGAUUCCACAAAAGUCAAAGUUUCCCCUGAAACCCAGUCUGUGGACUCAACUAAACAACCUUGUGAAAAAGUGGAGCCUCUGAGCAAUAGUCAGCCGGAUGCCACAACAUUGCUGAUAGCCCUGUGUAUUGCUCAGGCAUUGGAAUCAAAAACACAAACACCCACCGAAGAGGAUCCCAAUAGCAGCAAAUCUCUCAUAAAUUUGCGGACAACUCAAACCAGUCAUUCGCCAUCAGCUGUUAGUCCUUCACUACCAAUGACCAGUAGUGAAAAAGUGGAAAAGGAACAGUUGAAAAUGGAAGCAUCAGUCUGUGAUCCAGGUUACUUGUUUCUAUAUGGCCUUCCACACACUAUCACUGAAGCUGAAAUCAUGCAUUUUCUCCAUGGGCUCUGUGUUCAAAAGGUGCUUGUGAAUGUCCGUUUGGGGGAUUGCCGUGGUUGUCUAGUUAAGGUAGCCAGCGAGGACGAGGUGGAGGUAGGACUGCAGAGGAAUGGUAAAAGCCUUCGUUCAUUUCCUGUGAAGAUCAGGAAAGCUACAGUGAAGCAGUGGACCUACGCCACAAUGAAACUCAGGGGCUCCUCACCGCAGAUGCAAACAGUCACUCUCUCAUCAGAAGUACAUCUGGAUCAAAAAGAAACAUGCAUUCCAACACGUAAAAGGCCUCACUCUGGAGAUCGCUUCUCAAAACCUUGCAGGGAGAAGCAUGAAGAAUAUUACAUAAUGGUAAGGAACCUCCAGCCCAGCAUGACUAAGACAGAGAUAAAAACCCUUUUGGGCUGUCCCCAUCUUCCAAAAAACAAGGUCCAGCACCUGCUUGAUAAAAACUCAAUGCGCACCAGUACAGCUUUUGUUGCUUUUGAUCGGGUGGAGGAUUAUGUGUCUGCCAUGAACCUCAGCGGCAGUCGCUUUGGAACACUUGUCCUGGAUGUGUCAUCAAUCACCAGGGAAAAGAUGAUGUCCCAGUUGUGCUCAAGCAAGAAAAUGAUGAUGGCUGAACCAAAAAGACGGCAUGACUUGAGUAGAACCUGUGUAUACGUGAGAAACUUACCCGCAGAUGUCUCAUUGGUGCAAGUCCAAGAUAUUUUUCAUCAGUUUCCUGUGGCGAAGAAGAAGGAUGUGAAGUUGUUAAGAGAUGACAAGGGGAACGGCCUUGGUGAGGCUGUCGUGUUAUUUGGUACCGAGGCCACUGCUAGGGAAACCCUUUCCCUACACAGGAGCAAGUUCCUUGGAAACGAAAUUCUACUCACCCUCAUCACCCCUCAACAGCUGGACAGCAUGUUAUCAGGGCAGACGCUUAAUGAUUGAUAUCAUUUCGUGGUUAAAUGUGGGCACAAUGCUUUGUUUGCAGUGGCCAUAAUGGUGUCAGUGGUAACAUUAAAUGUUAGCACAAACCAAGCCAACACGUAAAACACAAAGCAGCUUUACCCCUCGUGUUCAUGAAGACUGUAUCAGAUUUGUUAGGUCUGCAGCACUGUUUGUUUUUUGUUCGAAAUGACUGAAAAUCCCAAAGACAUGAACACUUAAGUUUUAUUUUUUUUAUUAUUUUUUAUUUUUUUGAGGAUUUCACACAAUAUGGCUCACACCUCUUUAAAUGUGGACUACAGUACCAGCAGCAUUUCUAUUAGCUUAAUGGUGUAAGAUAUGCAGAAAGUCCAAGGCAUGGGCACUGGCACUGGCACCAUGGAAAGUCUUAAGUUCUUGUGCAGUGGCAAGAGAACUUCAUGUCUUGCGAAUGUAUAUCCACUAUUACAGACUGAUGCUUCAUAUUGUAGCUGCCAAUGUGGAUUGAUGUUACAAAUUCAUAUAAUUGCAUUGAAAAACAUUUUACAAGUUGUAUAUAGCCAUACAGUUCUAUAUGGUUGUAAAAUAUAUUUCUGUUCAUAUAUCUUUUGUUGAGUUGUAUGUUAAACAAUAAAAUGUUCA